AUGAAAGCUGCUGAAGAACACCAGGUUGCGGUAGGAAUAGAUAGAAGCAAGCAAGAGCAAACAGAGGGCAAACCAGUGCUUUUAUCAGAUAUCACUAGACAGGAGGGCGCGUUGACCACCAAAGAGGUUCGAGAUGAGGCUGUAGCGACGAUGCUAACGACCGUAGACGCAAUGCUAGAUACAGAAGCGACGCUUAGAAGCCAUGCGUUGGAAAUAGAACGAACGAUUAAAGAUGUAGUUGCGACCAGCGAUGCUGUCACAGAGGCGCUGUGCGAAUUAAGUGUAACUCCUACGGGAGAUGCAGUGCGAAUCGUCAGCGAUAGCGAACUAGUGAGUGACAAGCGACGCUUAGAGAUUAGUGAACAAAAGAAGUUCGUAGAAUUAGCACAUCCAACGCAAAUGGCUGACGUUACAGGCCGGCAGACGUAUUUCCAUCAAGAACGUCAAGAAAGUGCUCACCGUGAAUUUGGAAGCGAAGAAAGCAGCCAUGUGCUCUCACUCUCUAGAAUUGAAGCACCUGCAACCCAGAAGGAACAUGAAGAGGUGACAAAGAAGCUCUCAAGAACGGUCUCACUAGAGAGACGGCUACAGGCAACCACAGAGGACCUAACGAGUAUUUCCAGCGAUAUCAUUGCUGAGACAAGUGAAGCACAAAUACAUAAAGAAGUGCCCGAUAUCUACAGGGCGAAAAGCGUUGGGUGCCUCAAAGCGGCCACUGACGAAAAAACAGAUGUAGAGCGACAUCUAUCACGAAGUGAAUAUGAAUUAAGAACUCAACAGGAGUUCCGUACGUCUCGUGAUGAAGUGCUAUCAUCUCAGAAAUACAAAGAGUUCAUAUCCGAAGUUCAAGGCCUAACUACUCAGUGGGAUAUCAUUGAAACUGACCAAGCAGCACUGAUAUGUUGGAAGGACAUGGAUCAGCAGUCAUCGCAGCUUCUGACCAAAUCGGUAUCGGAAGUCGAUAUUGGCACGACCCUCGAUCUGACCGUCCGAAGGCCAGCACGACACGGUGAGCUGGAGUUGCCAUUGGAAUCUGCAGAUUCAGCAAUACGAGAGUUGAGCGUUGACGAAACUCGAACUAGUUUCACUCUUCAACGAAGCGCAUCUGAACAUGCCGCUAAACAUACUGCUCCAGAUGUGAUGACAUCCGAAAAUCGUGGAAUGUUCCACGAAUAUGGUGAGGACAGUACCAGCACAUCUGCAGAGUUCGGAAAGAUUCGGCAAAAACACGCUCACAAGAAGAUAUCACAAAGAGCUUGCCAGAUGUGA